CGAAGGGACAAUAUCGUGUGUGACCGUCGGUUAUUGCGCGCGUUAUUGUCAAUAGUGAGAAGACUCUCUUCCUGAAGGAAUCAACCUCCAAGCAGUAGCACUAUCGCUCGUCAUUGCUUGUGGCGGAAGAGGAGGCGAAUCGAGGUGAAUCAAUAUCAGUCAAACUAGGCGAUUGAUAUCAUCCGUGUAUGAAUGCUAGGUUUAUGCGUACCAGGCCCUUAUGCUGCAUGCAGACGUUUGUCCAUGGUUCUGAAUUUUCUUCAGGACGUUUAGUGCUUAAGAAUAUCGAUCGAUUUCCAUCUCCAUUUAAUGAAUGGAUCCGCGCCCUCGGCGAUGGUCUCCAAUAGCGAUUACUGCCACUAGUUUGUGUGUGUGGUUAUUGUGUGAAGAAGAGCAACAAUAACAACAAAUCAACAAGAGUGUGGGAGAUUGAUUGUGAGUGUCAAGCCCCUGAUACGAUGCGAUAGAAAUUUUCAGUUCAGUGAAUUUGAUACUCAUCCGCGCCAUCGUCGUCUUCGUAGUAAGAUGCCCAAGCCGUCGCGCCUGUAAAUGUGUUCGUUUGGAUGUUUUUAUGCUGCUGCUGCUGCCUUCUGAAACAUAUCAGCGCGCGGCCCUCUAAUGAUUAUUAUAUAAGAGAAAUAGCACAGCAUUGAAGCGGGUGAACGGCGGCGUUCAUUCUGUGGGAAACGGGAAAGAGGUGUGUUCCCUCAGGGAAAUCUUCAGCACGGGUUGGGAUCGCGACGGGAGAGAGAAUUGUUGGCCGAAGGUCCAACAGCGUUUCCGUGUGGUGUGCGUAAGAAUACGCUGCACCACGGCCAAGGGUCGAUAGAGGACGUGAAGGGCGAGUGUCCGCGUUCUCGGUAGUGUUUGUACGCUGUCGCCCUCCUGAAUCUGCCCUUACCGGGAAGAAGGGACUCGCUCGCGUUGCAUUCGGUUAGGUGUGUUUGUGUUCCCGACAUAUAUUUCCUUGAUCUGCCAGCAUAAGCGACCGACACGGGCUGUACGCGCGCGCGCCGCGUAUUUGUGUACGUGACAGAAGGCCCAACAUCAUCCAGGAAAAGAAGAAAAUUUUAUGUUGGCCCGUCGAACAGCACCAGAAAAUAUGUUUUUUCCUCCAUCGUGGCGGGGCCGAUGUUCGGCAAAAUUUUGAAUGAUUCCUGGAAAUUUGGCCGCGAUCGCGCGCUUUCUCGGUAUUUGCAUCGACAGCAGUAGCACGACUUCCGGCGGUCGAUUCGAUCGAAUAAAUCGCGACGGCUACGUAACGAUUUGUCGGAAGUGAAGCGGCGACGGGGCGUCGAGGGGGUGUUCCACGGUAGCAGCAGUCUGCACCGUCGAGCUUCGUGGAAGUGCCAUUUCCGAGAAGUGAGAAUCAGGAAAAAAGGAUACAACACAGGCCAGGCAGAGCCAGCCGCCACCUUUUGGGAUUACCUUAAUACUGGAAAAGUGUAGUGAGCGAAAAAGACAAGAAUCGAUAUUCACAACUUUUGUUUUGUGUUCUGCUCAACGACUUGCAAAAUAAAAAGCGAAAAUCGCACGAAAAUCUCCACUAGUCGAGGCGAACCACAUUAUGGAUUAUCUACGGAUGCUGUAGCGAAUGACACCCCAGAAGUAAUCGAUACUGCAUAUUCAUAAUUUAAAGCUUGAAAGUUUCUGAGACUAGUGCGGAACGAUGAAUGGCAGCUCCAGAACGACCCUAGGUUAGGACCGGCAGUCCAAUGCAGCACCCGUCGCUGACUGUGAGAAGCAGCAGCGGCAUCAGUAUAGGCAGAACCGAGAACUUUCCGGCAGCCAGGUCUCCGAAAGUCACCAUAACAACGGCUUCCAUGAGCGCAAAGAUGGCCCCGCAUACGCAGGGCUCCAAUUUAACGAUAAAACAGCAAUACCAACCCCACCAGUGGCCAUGGAACGCAAGCAACAACUCCAACGCUACCAAUAGCAAUACUGUCCAAUCGAACAGCAACUCAAACACAGCCACUAGCAAUAGCUCUACUGCCAGUAACAAUCCACCUGCUGCCAAUACUCCGACGGCGCAACACCAAUCACUACCCAAUAUGCAGCAAUCGAACACUGCCUUGGCUGCGGCCGCCGCAGCUGGUACCAUCUCGGUAACGCCGGUCAACAAGCUGAAGCGCUUGCAACCGGCCCACUCGGAGGCAAGCACCAACACCAGAAGCAAUAGCACCAACACCAUUGCCAAUGGUGCCAAACGAAUACGAACCGCCAGUGUGGAGAAAGUUAACAAAUCGGUUGGCACCAACACGACUGGCCUCUCGGGACCACCGGGUCUGGUGGCGGUUGGAUCGAGUCUUUCACCUGCAGCAGCCACUACCAAAAAACUCACCCAGAUGGCCAUCGUCGCCGCGAGCAACGUCAACCAUCACCACCAGCAGAUCUCAGCCGCCGGUACGACGACGACCACCAUAACGAAGAACACGAAAAAUUUCACUGCCAGCGGGAAUGCCGAUCUAGCCAACGCAAACAAAAUAACAGGUUACUUCAAGUCCCAAAUGAAAACCACCAACACAUUUAAUAAUCUUAAGAAAAAUAUUAAAACUAUAGCGGGACGAGCCACGACGUUAAAGACGACAACGGCUUCCUCCACGACGACGGCAGAAGCGGAAGCGGAAAUCACCACCACCACCGAGCUGAUGACAACCACGUCCACAGUGCUGCAGCAGAAAAGUAUCAUCAAGACCGGUCCGGUCAAAAAUACAAACGCGCCCAGCUUUGAGAAGUACCUAACCCUCCUUCACCAGCAGCAAGCAACCUCCAUCACACCUGCCACCACGCUGAAAAAAGUCGAACGCAAGACUGCGCGGAUAGCCCCCACUGUUUCGCUCACCCGAAAGGUUAGUCACACACCCCAGGGAGGUCUUGGAGUCGGACAACCCAAGAAACCGGUCACCAUCGCACCUCGAACUGCUGAUCCCAAGUUGAGCUUGAACUUCAACCAGCAGAUCGUAGCAGCGGCCGUCACGUCAGCUGGAUCAACGGGCACCCAGCUGAUCAAACAACAGGAUCAACAUGUUAAGUCAUCUCAACCAACCGUCCUGCUCACCGCCAUACGAAUACCCCAGCAGCAACAGCCACAGCAGUCCAACCAAACGCAACCGCAAUCCAGCCAACAUCAGUCACAGCAGAGCGUGACCCAAGCUCAACUGCAAGCGCAACAGCAGUACAAGCAAGCCGUUCAACAGCAACCCCAGCUUAGUAGUCCUCCACGAACACCAACCAAACUCGGAUCGGCAGUGUUCCAGUUCCAUCCGCAAACGACCACCGUCAUGCCAAAUCUGGUCCAGAUACCGAAUCUCGUACCAACCCAACCGGUUUCGUCGGCGGCUGCCAAACUGAACGCUUCAGUAGUCGUGUCAUCAACCAGCAGCAGUCCCACCACUGCGAACCUGGUGAUGAACAACGCAACUCACGGGUUGACUGCCACCAGACUGAACAACGGAACCACGCAACUUUACAUGAACGGUGCCGUAAUCAAACUGCACCAAAUCCAACAACAACAGCAGCAGGCACUCAACUCCACAGGGCAGCCAGCAUCAACCACACAGCAAAAUCUGUCCAUGGAUACAGCGACCAUGGGCCUCAGCGCACUUCUCGCAAAAUCUGCAGCCCUGUCGACCGCAACCAGCACCAUCAGCACAAAUCAACCCUCCCAUCAGGCCAAAGCGUUCGCACUCCACACUCAACAACCAACUCAGCUGUAUCAGCAGGCCAAUACUUCUACAGCAACGGCCUUCACUCCUCAAUCUCUCUUCAUGGCCCCUGGUGGACAAAUCCUUCUCAACGCAGCUGCCCUACCCACCAUGCUGACGUCGGCAAGUCUCCAACAGGCUCUUGCCCAAGCAUCUCAGGCCAACAUCCCAGCGUUACAUCCGCUCCAACCCAGUCAACCUCAGUCAACUCAGUUACCAAAUAUCACUGCCAUUAUCCAGCAGCAGAACAACAUCCAGCAGCAGCAACAACAGCAAUCGCAGCAAAUGCUGCCCAACUUCCACCAGCUGCUGGCCAACAUCCCACAAACCCUGCUCCAAAACCUACAAGCACCUGCCAAACUCGGUCAAACUCCGCAGUUUGUUCCCAUUCCUUCGAGCUUGUUCCUCAACCAACAAACACCAGCCUACACCACUAGUCCGUCCUCAUCCUCUUUCACGUCGCCUAUAACCAUUUCCACAUCAACUCUUCCCUCUGGAUCAACCACCAUAUCGCAACCUCUCUCUCCACCUCCUCUGGUUGCCACAGUACCAACGUACACCACCACUGCGAAGCCAAUAAUGAACACAUUGAACAACCAAAAGAUCAUCAUCGCCUCCGCAACCAGUACCACAUCGCACAAACCACCGCCUCCCAUCAAACCCAUCUCUAUAACCGAACCCCCAAAACUGGUUCCUGUGCAGAUGAACAAACCCUCGAUCUCAAUUACCCCCGUUAUUUCGAAUCCUCCAAAACUAGUCCCUCCCUCCGCUCCUGUCCCAAAGCUCGUCCUAUCAGCAUCAGUCGCAACCAAAGCUACAUCGACCACCCCCCUUAAGGAGAAACCAAAACCCAGUUUAAUGAUGUCGGAACCGCCAGCACUAGCUCCUGCCUCUUGCACACCGCCAACACCAAUCGUGGGACAUCUUCCGGUAACACCAGUCCUAUCUCCACGGGCCUUGGACAACACAUCGCCACCCGCCCUCAACCCACUAAGCCUGGACUGUGGCAGCAGCAACGACAGUGGCAUCGUAGCCAACUCCAGCGACACCGAAGACAAGUCCCUCACGAUCGAUCUUUGUUCGCCGGGAUCUCCUGACUCCACUCCGCAGAAAAAGGAAGACGAAUCUCGUCAAGCAUCAACACCGUCUCCUGUUCUACCUUCAUCUCCACUGCCGGAGCCACCAAUCGUCCCUGUCGAAGUGGAACCGGAUCCGGAACCUGAACCAGUUCUCAAACCUGAAGCUGAACCAGUUAUCAACCCGGAACCAAAACUACAGUCGGAACCGGAACCCGAACUGGAACCUGCGCCGGAAUUAGCGCCAGAAUCACCGGAGCCCCAACCCGAACCGGUAUCACCAAAAAUCGACGAACAAGUCGCUGAGCUCUCUGAACCGGAGGAUCCCCAACCAUCUCCGCCCUCGCCGUACCAGCUUCCACCCCCUCCGCCUAUCGAAACGGAUCUACUGGACUCUUUCAAUUUACCUCCCAGCCAAAAAUCUCCGAAAAGCUUACUCCUGGAGCAAAUCAAACUGAAACUGCCGGAACAACCGGAUGACCAACCUCAGGAAUCCAUGUCCUCCGAUCAGGACUACAGCAACCAAAGCCCACUGGAUGAAUCCGGCCCCACAGGAUCGGCCGAACCGUCCGAAUCUCACCGUUCGACCACACCCGCGGACCUCUCACCGCCGAGCAUCGAGACCGACUUCCUCAACACCCCCCAAAUGGCGGAAUGCGCAAAAAGUCCCAUCCUGUCGCAGCCGAAAACGAUUCGUUUUCCGGCCGCGAACGGGGUGCACCACAACUUUGGCCGUAAAGGCUUCCGGCGGCUUUCCGAUGGGCGCCUGUUUGGGGUGUGCUACUGGAGCAAUUGCGAUUCCCAGUUCGACACCAGCUCGAAGCUGUUGGACCAUCUGCAGAUGCAGCACGUCAACACGCAAACGGGACCGUUCGCUUGCCUCUGGGAUGGUUGCAAGGUGCACAACAAAGAGUCGUGCAGCCGACGGUGGCUGGAACGGCACGUGCUUUCGCAUGGUGGCUCCAAACCGCACAAGUGCAUUGUGGCGGGGUGCGGGAUGCGAUUUGGAUCGCAGCUCGCACUGGAAAAGCACGUUAAUCAUCACUUCAACAAUACGGACAACGCUAGUGGGGGUAAACGAUCGUCGGAUCCGCCACUGCCCAAGGUCCUUCGAAAGACUGGCAAAAAGCUACGGUACCGACGUCAACCGUGGUCAGCCCGACGGUUUGACUUCUUCGACAUUGGAGUGAUGGAAGGGCUGCAGCACAGACUGAUUAUGGCCGGUAGUGUGGCCAGCGCACGGCGAGGUACGGUGGCGUUCCGGGGACAGGCCGCUGGACGGCGUGUCACCGGUGCCGGAGCGGAGGUGUUCAUCAAAUGGUACCCGCGGGAAAUCAUCUCCGACGACUGGAUCCCGGAAUCGGAAGCCACCCUAACGAAAGAGAUCUCAAUCUACGAACUGAACCCAGACCAACGGUUUGAGCUGGAGGCCCAGCUCAAAACCAACCGGAAGGCGAACGCGGAGUUGCUUUCCAGUCUCCAUGAACUGAACCAGAAACUGCAUGCGGACGGCUCGAUGCCCCGCAGCCGAAGUAGCUUCAGUAGCAGCAGCAGCAGUAGCUCAUCCAGUGGAUGCAGCAGUGCCAGCAGCAGCCUCAUCAGUACCCCCAUCCCGUUCAACUCCCGGACGGAACCGAAAAAGCUUCGAAAACCCCCCAAGGAGUCCUACCAACUGCCGUCGUCAUCGUCGUCCGGUACGACGUCUUCCCUUUCCUCGGUGCUAUCGUCAUCCGCGUCGUCCCUACUCUCGAACGAAAACAGCAGCAGCAGCAGCAGUAGUAGUAGCAGCGCUUCGUCUACAUCCUGACCGAAACCGGGAGCGCCAGCCGUUGGAGGGGCACGCGGCCCCUCGUCGCUGGCGAUGGCGAUCCUCGCGCAAAGACGGACCCGCAAGGCACUCAGCUGCCUCCGUCGGCGUACAACAACAGCAACAGCAACAAAAAUGCAACAGCUUGGACCACCGCCCAAAUUGGUCAAGCAUUAGGUAUUAAGGCAAGCAAGGUACGCACGGCCCGGUAUCUUGAAAUUGUAAAUAGAACGUAACGAAGUGGUUUCGGCUUGAGUUGCGAGAGGCGUGAUGGAAGCAACAGCCCCAACAGCCCGACUAUUGUGUAGCGAAGUGACCGAGCAACGUAAACUGCCACCGCCGCCGCCGCCAUCAAUGAUUUCGAUCCUUCCGUUUUUUUACUGGAGUAAGAGGAGAUCUUUUUAGUGCUUAGUUUACGACGCAAACGUUCGUGUGAUUUGUUUAGGUAAAUAUUUUUUUAUACAUGUAAUGGAAGUCCUAGCGCGCGUGGAUGGAAACAAUAUUUAAAUAUUUAGUUGUAACAGGAAGGCACCCACCCGACGGUAUAGAGGGUGUGGAACUUCUGUUAGUGCUAACUCCCUAGAUGGCGCAUUUUUUAAGUAAGUCAAUCGGUUUUUAGAUAAAUUUUUGCUUUCUCGGAUUCGUUAAGCAAGAUAUAAUAACGGUGAGAUGUGUAAUGAAUUAUGGGAGAAUGCGGAAUCGAGUGCGAGCGUAAAUUAGUUGAUCUCAAUGAGUAUAAAUUUAUUUAAAAUCGUAAGUUUGAAGUUCUAGCGAAGUGAGUUGAGUCGGCAUCAAAAACAAACGGAUAACAUAGUGUAAUUUAGAAAUUUUAUUUUACUUCGAGUGAUUUUAUGUUUUAAAAGCGAAAUGUUUACUUUAGCCAGAUGAUGAAUAUAGGGUUUCAAUAAUGAAA